AUGCUUUCUCAAAGGGUUAAAUACGCUCAAGCACAUUUAUCGCAUAGGGAACACAUCAUGCUAUUAGCACGUCCGAACUGGCGAAGGCUUAGAGUCGAUACGAAUAUUCUGGCGCAUCCCUUUGCCGUUCCGCACGCGGCUCUUAAGGGCCGUGCCUCGAAGCGCAUCCGGGUUAUGGCGCAACCGAAAUUCAUAACUAAGAAAUACGACCCCGCAACGGCGCCACCCCCUUACCCACGCAUUCACCCAAAGACGCUCGCGGCGAAAAGCAGCAGACGUAUCGUCGACCUGGCGUUACCCAAAAGAAGACUUCUGCUGGAGACGAUGAAAUUGGCAGCUACCAAAAACAUGAAGGCAACCGUGAGCGAUCUGCUGGUGAAGGUUCGAAAGUCGCGGUACCAGCGGUAUCGCGUAUUCUGCAACGCGCGUCAAGAACGUGAAGCCAAGAAAAAGAGGAAACGAAUGGCAAAAUUGCGCAGAGCUCUUACAAAACCAGAAGAUUGGCAAAGGCACAUGCGGGUUCUGGAAAGACUGGCCGCGCCUAAAGUCGCCAUGAAACCCAAGAAGAAGAAGCGUAUUAAGAAAAAAAAAUGGAGGCCGGUGAAUAUGGAGCGAGUGGAUUGGCUGGCGUUACCAUUGAUUCGGGAGAUACCCAAGUUCCGAGAUACGUUCGAGGUGGAACCGCGCGCGCUCACUUAUAAGAUCACCAAGCGAAUGGAAAGGCUCGCUGCUCGGAGGAAACAGCCGGAGAUCCCAAUGCGGACACCAGGCGCUGUUUCGCCAGCUGCAAUGAAAGCUAUCGCUUCCGAGAGAAUAAUUGUUCUGGCGAAACCCGUGCAACGUCCAGCGGGCAGGGAGACGGAUCUACGGGAGGACGCCUUCAUCGUGUCGCCUACGGCGUUAAAGGCGAGGUGUUCCAGGCGUCUCAAAAAGCUCGCCGUACCGAAGACCUACCCUAAACCCACCUUCAAGAGACAGAAAACCCGUGCUGCGCGCAAACGGUGA